AGUGAAAGAUGAAAAUUUUGAAGAUACAAGGUAAGUUAAGGUCCUUGGGACACCUCAGCGGUGAGUGCAGUUGUCACGGACUCACGGGAUCUGUUCAUCAUGAGUCAUAUGAUCAUUGACAUGACAUUAAUCGGAUCGGACCACACACUCCAACCAACGAGCCGAAUACCCAAGAAUUUUCUCAAGACAACAUAAUUGAGGUGAAGAUAGAAUUUGACAGUGUGGAAAAUGGUAGUGUCAUCGGAGGAGGGUACGGACAAGAUCCGUAAGGUGGUGGGAUUUGGGUACUGGGUGCAGGGCUUCAGGUGCUUCCCAUGGAUGGCCGUCAACUUCUUCCUCAAAGACGGCCUCCGCGUCGAUUCCUCCACUCUCCAGCUUCUCCAGAACUCCGCCAACCUCCCCAUGGUCGCCAAGCCCCUUUAUGGUGUUGUUUCCGACGCCGUCUACAUUCGUGGCCAGCACCGCAUACCUUAUAUCGCCUUCGGAGCUUUCUUACAAGCAGUGUCAUGGCUAGCCAUAGCAAUCCUCUCUGAAUCAGGCAUUUCAAUUGGCACCAUGACACUAUAUCUUCUCCUUAGUAAUCUCGGUGCUUCAAUUGCUGAGGUAGCCAAUGAUGCCAUUGUUGCAGAGGCGGGAAAGCAGUCUAAGUCCUCCAAAAAUUCUCAACCAUCAUCCUCAGGUGAGCUCCAAUCAUUUUUCUGGAUGGCUUCAGCUAUGGGUGGAGUCCUUGGAUUCCUCCUAGCUGGUCUUUCCAUUGACAGAUUCUCUCCCCAGAAGAUGUUCCUGUUCUAUGGCCUUCUCCUUACCGUCCAGUUUUUUCUAAGCAUAUUUGUCCAGGAGAGUUCUUUGGACCUUCACAAGAGGACAGCCGACGUUGGGAUUCAAGAGAAGUUUACAGAGCUCUUGGUUGCACUAAGAGAACCUGAGAUUGCUUACUCAAUUACAUGGUUUGCGGCUUCGUAUGCCAUUAUUCCUGCAUUGACAGGCACCAUGUUCUUUUACCAGACGCAGUAUCUGAAUAUUGACUCAUCAGUGUUGGGAAUCUCAAAGGUGUUUGGUCAAGUGGCAAUGCUUCUAUGGAGUGUCAUCUAUAAUCGUUACUUGAAGUCAGUCACACCAAGAAAACUGAUUUCUGCCAUUCAGGUUACAAUGGCUGUAUUUAUGGUUUCUGAUGUGUUGUUUGUGAAUAGGAUUUAUCGAAAUUACAUGGGGGUGCCAGACAAUUUCUACGUUGUGAUGUUUUCUGGCCUUUCGGAGGUUCUCUUCUUUAUUAAGAUUCUGCCCUUCAGCAUUCUUAUAGCCAAGCUCUGCCCACGGGGAUGCGAGGGAUCUCUAAUGGCAUUUGUAAUGUCUGCAAUAGCGGUUGCAUUCAUAGUCAGUGGAUAUCUUGGUGUUGUGCUUGCGUCGUAUGUUGGGGUCAAAGGAAAUGAUUUUUCAGGGUUUCCGCUUGCCCUACUAAUACAGGCACUUCUCACACUGUUGCCUCUAUAUUGGUCAUCUUGUAUCCCCGAUGAUGUAAAAUCAAAAACCAGUCGGAAAAAGAAAUAGCCGAAUAUAGUACUGUACAAAUCUGAGGAUAGGGGUGGGCAUAUCCUCCGAAUUAUCCGUGUACCGACCGUAUCGUACCGACGGUUUGAUUUGAUUUGGUUAAAUAUUUAUUUUUUAAUUUUAAUUAUUCCGAUCCGAUCCGUACCGAGAUAUUUGGUUUGGUUAACGGAACAAUAUUUCUAACCCGACGGAAAUCCGUACCGAUCCGAUAUUUAUACUUAUUCUAUUAUUUAAAUACAAAACAAGAAACUAAAGAUAAA